CAUUCGAUUAAAAGGACGAAAAGGAAGCUGUAGCAUCCGCAAUAAGGAAGAGAGCAAUUCUUAUAACGUUUUUAUUAUUCUCGUAUGGAGAUCAGAUUUCCAUAAUCUUUAGAGUGCUGUAUUGUGAGUGGGAGUCCACUCGAACACUCCACUGGAAUCUUAAAUACUGAGUAUUCGACGAUAUAAAUAACCGACGCAGUUUCACGAGGUACACAGUACCUUUCCGAUCGUCGACAUAUCAGCCUGUGCAAAAUCGACGAAUUGUGCUCAAAAUGCUAAGGGAACUCGUCGUUUUUGCAAGUCUCAUUUUCUUAAGUUAUGCUUGUUUAAUUACGAAUUGUCCUCGCGGUGGAAAAAGAGGUGACAUUAUACCUUCUUUGGGAACUGUCACUCGAGAAUGCCCUCCAUGUGGUCCCAAUCAUCUGGGUCAAUGCUUUGGGCCUCACAUUUGCUGCGGCCCUACCAUUGGAUGCUUCAUUGGAACACCAGAAACAUACAGAUGCAGAAAGGAAAGUCCAUAUGCUAGACCUUGCAUCGCAGGCUAUGCAAUGUGCCGUGGAAACACAGCUAGAUGUGCUACAAAUGGAAUUUGUUGCUCACAAGACUCUUGCCACAUGGAUACAUCGUGCAGAAUUUCUGAUGUCGUUAGCAAUGAUCGCAAAAUGGAUGCUGAUCUGAGUGCGAUAUUGUCGAGUAACGAAGCCUCCCAUGAGAUAAUUCAAUAAUAUAAUUAAUUUUAUUAGUUCCCACUUAUAUUCAACCAUCUCAUUGCCUCAACUUACAUAAAAUAUACAACAUUGUGCUAACGAUGAGGCGAAUAAUAAAAACAUGUAUAUUUAUCACAUAAGUACAAUAUAAAGCUUUCUUCAAUUUGACCCGAUGAAUAAACGAUGCCGACAUAUUGAAUCUUGUACUUUGUCGACAAAUUUUGAACAAAUAAACGUGUCAUUGAAUCCUCAA